UGGCCGGUUAGCGGUACUGAACAUCCAGCAGGAGUCUCUCUCUCUGCGUUGAGAGAGCCAGCAGCAGCAGCAGCAGCAGCAGCAGUAGUUCUCCUCAGCUCCGCCGACUGGAGGGAUGUGACCCCGGAACAGGACGCCCUCCUACAACAACACACCAUUCAAACACACAGCAGAGAAGAAAAGAAAAGCUGGACCAGGAGGGAGCCACAGGAGCAGGGGGGAUGAACCGCGAGGAGGCCCCGGGGAAGUCUCCUGAAGACAUGUACAUCCAACAGAAAGUGCGGGUCCUGCUCAUGCUAAAGAAAAUGGGAUCAAAUCUUACGCCCAGUGAAGAGGCUUUUCUCCGGAAUUACGCAGGUGUGGUCCACAGUCAGAUGAGUCAGCUACCACAGCACAACAUAGACCAGGGUGCAGAGGACGUGGUGAUGGCGUUCUCACGGUCAGAGACGGAGGAUCGGAGACAGUGACCCUGGGCCCCGCUCCCACUGCAUCCCUCCCCGCCCCCCGUCCCGCCCCGCACGUGAUCCACAGCGACUCCACAAACGCGACACUGAUGAGCUCAGGAGAGGAGGGGGCGCCCGGGAGGGACAGAAGAGGAGGGGAAGAGACACCAGGAGGUGGCUGCCUCGCUCUCCCCCCCCCCUCCCAGCCUCUUCCAUCCCCGACUCCUCCUCGUACCAGCUGGCACACCAUUACCUGAGAUGCACUCCAGUGCUUCACUGUGGGCUGAAGCCUCGGCAACAAGGCAGUCGGUGAAAACACUCGCAGAUUGUGUGGAUGAAUAUCAAAUGUAGUUUUCUUUUUUUUUUUGUGGGUGGGUUUAUUUUGUAUUAUUUUGUCUGUGUUGAGACGUUAGGCAGUGUUACGUGUUAUAUCUGCUGUGGCUACCGGAGGAAGUGACCAGUCAGCAGCUGAUUGAAGCAAAGAGAAAUAUAGUUUUGGUCAAGCAGCGAGUGUGAUGAUUGAUCAUGUUAGGGGAGAGAUUUUUUAAUUAUUUCUGCUUACCCUAAUGGGGCUGAAAUUUGUUUUUGAUUUAGCUGUUGUGUUAUAAAGGCUUUUGUAUUCUGUCACACAAGGGGCCUCAUUUAUAAACACAUGGUGUGUAUAAAAAGAGGCGUGAAAGAUGGCCAUCUCCCACGCAGAUGAUUCUGGAGAGCGUCGACACAUCUGCUAGAAUCUGCAUGCUGAAGGCAAAGUAGUCAAAUAAGAUAUUUAUAACUCUUCUCAGACAAUUAAAAGGUGCAGUGCGUCGGAUCUGGAGGCGUCUUCGGUUUGUCCGUUCUGGGCUACUGUAGAAACAUGGCAGCGCCCGCUCCGUAUGUCGAUUUUUGGUGCCUUCAAAUGCGGUCGUGUUUACCGUGUUCACGAUUUGAGUCCAUAUGAACGAAACCCCCGCCCCCAACCUCCCUCUCUUAAUGUAUUCACGACAUCGUAAGUGGAAGUUGUGACGUGUUUGUUGACGUUGUCAGAAAUGGCGGAGGCCAUGGAAGUUAAUUUUUCGGCGCAUAAUAAGUGAAUAUAUUGUAAUUUUAGUCGUAUAUUAUUUUCUUCAUAAUUUUAUAAUAUGUCUGAGGAAAAUGUUGAUAUUCCCAACGGCCCCAUCUUUUUCCUCUGUCAUGCAUUUAUUGAAUUAUGUUGCCCACUUGCUAGCUUACCAAAUUGUUGGCCUCUGUGGCUUCGAGACGCCGACAGUAACGCUAAUAUUUCUGUUGCUCAGCAGCGGCGCUCUUCACGACUUAACCACUUGUGUACCUGACUUCCCACGUUGUAAACACAAGCAAUUUGAAGGCACCAAUAAACGGCUCAUUCUAAGGUAACGAAAACACAACAGUUUUUUAUUUUCAGGUGGUGAUAAACUAAAAGAAAACAUAGUUAUUAAUAUUAUAUUACAUUUCUGCCAACAGAUCCUCCUAAAUGUUCCACACUGUUCCUUUUGAUUUCAUUUCAUAUCAAAUUCUGGGCUGUUUAUUUAUCACCUCCUUGCAGCAGGAAGUCAGUUGUAGACGCUCAUCAAGUCCAGUGAGCUCCGGUGACCUCUGACCUCUGGCUUUUUCUUUACCUCUACUUUUUAUUAAUUAGAAUAAUUUGACUUUCUGAUGAUGCAGCGCUCACUGCUGCCGCGACUCGCUGAUUGUCUGUUAUUGGUCAAACCAGAAAUACUAACAAACACCAAACGGUUAAAUCUGACUCAAGAUCUCUUUUGUCCACAUCCAAAUAUUAGAGUGACAGGCUGAUUGAUGUGUGUGUUGACACUCACAACAGGCCUGUCAUUAAUCACGUCAUGUUUAAUUAUGGGAGUUAACCGGGCAGGACGGCGAGGCCGGUGACCCGACCGCGAGGGUAUUUUUGCAGUUUUCUCCUCGACGAAAUCUACGCAGCGUUUUCUAAAUGAGGCCCCUCUUGUUCUUCUGCUGCUUUAUUUUGAACAAUAGGCUGUUGAGAGUGCAACAACGCUUUUCCUCUCGAGGGAAGGUGUACGAAUUAAAGACACUAGCAGAUGUAAUCACACGAAACACAGGUGUACACAUUCUCCCCCAAACAAACACUGGUUUUGGGUUCUUGUGACAUGUAAAACCUUUUUUUUUUAUUGUACAGAUAGUUGGGGAAAAUACAAUAAUGAAUCGAUUGUGCCAAUUGUAUUUUUUGUUUUGUUUUUUUUAUCUGUAAGAUAACAUUAACAUAAUGAUUUAAAUUGAUAAGAGACGAGCUGUAGUUGUAAUUUAUUGUUUACUGAAUUGACGUCCUCGAACGCAUCGUUAAAGAUGGAGAACCAGUAGAUAGUUUCAUCCGCAGUGGCUCUUUUGUUCACACUAAAAAUCACACAAACUCUAAUUUCUAACUACCUGUACGAAGCCAAACGUAAGAGCUGUGUGCUGUUUCUGACUGUACUGUAUCUCUUGCACUAUUAUCAAUGGGAUAUUUUCAACAAAAAAAAAAUACAUUUUGAUAUUUAGGGCAGAGAUUUUAUGUUUGGUUUAAUGGAUAAAAAAACAACUUUGUAACCACGUUUUUAUUCCUUCAAAAAGUAUCUGUGUUAAUUGACUGGACUGGAAUAGCUCAAAUGGAUAUUUGUUAACAACCGACAUGUUUUUCUAGUGACAUGCUCAAUAUUUAAUGUGUUUUAAGUACAGUUUGUUAACUUGUAUAACUUUAAAAUGACUGUAACGUAAUGUUUUGAAGCCAAGCAUGUCCGCCUCGUGGUUUAUAAUGUUCAUUCGGCCGAGGAUCUUCGACGCCUCGGCAACAUUGACCAUCGUUUGUACAUUCUUGACGUUUAAAGAAAUGUUUCAGAAAAAAAAAAUCGUUUUUUCUUUUUGUAUGGGUAAAGUGUUAUUAUCCAUUAUUUGUUGUUGGCAAUAACUUCUAUUUGAAUGUCCUCAGCAAUCAUUGCGAUGUAAUCAGCCAACAGAUCUAUCACGCUGUCCGCCUAUGACGAAGACAUUUGUCUUUUUUAUGUUUACUUUUGUUUUAAAACAUUCUUUAUUUGUCUAUGCAUUGUUUUCUCUCUCUCUCUCUCUAAAAGGCGUCUUACUGUACAUUUUACCUAUCAGGGUUGUUCUGCAGCCUUCGUUCAAGUUGUGGAUGAAUGUGUGUUUGAGUGUGCGUGUGUGUGUGUAUGAUCAUUGAACUACCGGUUUUGAUUUUCAGCAUGCUGUUGAGUUCGACUACGAUCGAUGUAUCUUUUUACUGUGAUGACCUGACGUUGCCUAAUUGUCCUUUUUUUUUUUGUGUUGCUUUUGUAUUUUAUUUUCCUCUCAGUCGACAUUGAUUAGUUGGUUUUCGUUUUGUAUGGCUGCUGACCAUGUCUUGACUUAAUGCUUCCAAAAUCCUAUACCAACUGAACCAUUAAAGAUAUUUUAAACAGUGAAAA